UCAUUCAGUUGUUGCUCAGAGUCGUGAGGUGUUACUUGUGUCGCUCAAGUGGCACAGUACAGUGCCUGGCGGAUGUGCUUCGUCUCACAUUCAAACAAAGUUAAUGACAGUGAACAUGGAAACUUGUUCUAAAAUUCUCUCAAAUUUAAUUAAUUAUAGUAUAUGACUGUCUACCGACAGUUGAAAUCUUUCACAAAAUGGAAAACUACUUUGUUGAGAAAAGUAAGUACUUCUGUUGACAUUGUUUACAUCGUUAGCUUGACGAACAUUCACGAACAACUUUACUGGUUACUUAUCAACCAGCAAACAUGAAUGGACUUGCAGACAAAGUGGCUAACGCUCCUCCGCUGGCCAUGGCGGAGGGCUGGCCAGUUAGAAAUGGGGUUCGCAGUGAUAAUCAUGAGGCCUCCCUGCCACCCCAAGGAGUGGGCGUGAAGGACACAGGUACAGGCAGCAGGACAUUUGAGGAGCAGUCCGCGCGAUACAAUGUCGCUCACCCAUCAAGCUCCUCGCUGCCUGUUCACCUCACCGCCUCACCUGGGCACCCCGCUGACCCGAGGUUGACCCCGCGCCUGCACCCUGCCCUGCACCACGACGUGCGAGCUCCGGCGAGCGACUCUGAUGAUCCUGGACAGGCGUUAGGAUCCAAGGCGGCGUCCUUCUACAUAGGCGGCGACGAUGCCUUGUCCCCGCCAAUCACCCACCAAAAGAGCCUGACGGGACCUAGCACACCAUGGAAGGUUUCCGGGGCUGGGAGUCGGGUGGUGGAGUUCACGCCUCCUGACGGCGGCUACGGGUGGGUGGUGGCGCUGGCUGCCUGCUUCAUUAAUCUCUGGAUCAUCGGCUUCACCAAGAGCUACGGUGUGCUGUACGUGGCGAUUCGCGAGACGUUCCCCGAGGCCUCAGCAUACCAUAUCUCCUGGGUGCCCUCCCUCCUCUCCACCGUGGGCCUCCUCACAGCUCCCGUGACUGGCAUCAUGUGUCGCCGCUUCACCUCGCGCAAAGUGUCCUUCUUCGGCGGGUUCCUGUGCUUCCUCGGGCUGCUGCUGGGCUCCAUGGCCUCCAAUGUGAACCAGCUCAUCGCCUCAGUCGGCCUCCUCACUGGUUUGGGCUCGGGCAUCACCACCACGUCUGGGAUCCUCAUCGUCUCGCUGUACUUUGAGCGGCGGCGCACCAUCGGCUCCUCCAUCUGUCUCUCGGGCAAUGCCUUGGGGGGCUUCUUCAUGCCACCACUUGUGGAUCACCUCCUAAAAGCCUACGGGCUGCGAGGUGCCUUCCUCAUCCUAGCCGCCCUUCAGCUCCACAUCUGCGCUGCUUCCAUGUUCUUCCGUCCAAUAUCCGUCCACGCCGUAGUUCAGGCUGCCGAACUCCGCAGAAAAGACAAGUUACUUCCCUCCGUCGCAGCCUCCUCGCCGGCACGCUUUUCUUCUCCCUCCCACUUCAAGACGCUAUGGUCACGGAUGAAGAGGCAUUACGUCAGCGUGGAAAGCGUCCAGGAAACUGAAGUGCAGCACCAGGUUUCCUUCCUAAGAUCAGCUUCCAUGUUGAACAGUGUCCCUAACCUGACGCUAUACGCUCGCUCCUGGUCGGUGUCUGGUGGGCCAGCUUUCCCUGACAGCCGUCCUUCCUUCAACGUGGGUAGCAGAUCUUCUCUGUCCAAUAAUUCCACCAGUAAGUGGUCUUUAACCAGACUGCCAAUGUUUGCGGAGCAUCCCACCGUGAUGCGACUGUGUUCUGAAGACGAAAGUAUCCAGAGAUCUUCAUCAGGACUCAUGCAUCAUCAUGGCGGCUCUCGUCGAUCGUCUUUGCCUCGCAUCCUGGCAGGAGUUGAUCCCAGGUCCUCGCUGACGCGUCAGACAUCCAUUCGCACGGCACACAGCAGGAUAAUGGAAUCUCUUCAGGAGCAGGACAAAGAAGACUCCGAGGGCAUCCUGCAGUCACCUUCCCCGGAUUGUGAUGAAAAAGAAGAAAUUGAACAAAUGAUAAAGGAAGGAAAAGACAAUGAGAAGUUACAAAUAAAGGAAGAAGAAGAACAAGAGAAGAAAGAGAAUCUGGAAGAAGAGGUGAAGCCCAACUGCUGUUGGGAGUGUCUGCGAGGACUGUGCGACGCUUCUCUCUUCAGAGACGGGCAGUUCUGGGUGGUGGCGAUAUCCGUGUUCCUCGUGGCCUGUGGAACACCCUUUUCUCUCUUCUAUCUGCCAUCGUACGCCGACUCGAUCUCCAUCUCUUCCUCCGUCACCACCGGGAUGCUGUCCAUGUCAUCCAUCGUGGACCUGAUGGGUCGCCUCAGCACCGGGGUCAUCUCGGACCUCCAUUUCUGUCAGCUGCACUACAUCUAUUUCAUCAGCUCCCUGUCCGCGGGAUCAGCGGUGCUUAUUCUCCCGCACGUCACCGACACAGCGGCGCUCACUGGUGUCCUCUGUGUCUUCGGCUUCUUCGUCGGGUCCUGGUUCGUCACAAUUCCCGCGAUGCUCGCCGCGCACCACGGCGCCUCCAAGCUGGCCGCCUCGUAUGGCAUUGUCAGGCUCUUCAACGGCAUCAUGAACUUCAUCUCCCCUCAAGCGACUGGCAUGCUGUACGACACCACGCAGAGCUACAGGGCGGUGUACACGCUGAUGGGCACGAGCAUGGUGACGGGCUCCGUGCUGGUGCUUCUCUCGCCGCUCGUUCGCAGCAAUAAGAACAAUAACGCUAGCAACAACAAUAACAAUAACGACAAUGAUGGCAAUGCUCCUGAUGACAAAAAUGGCACAACCAAGAAAAGUAACCCAGAUGACAACGCUGUGUAGGUCUGGCAGGGGCAGUAACUGACUCUCUCUCUCUCUCUCCUGGACUGUGCCUCAUUCACCUGCCUCAGGGAGUGAUCGAUGAACUGUGAGGUGAAUUGUGAGGGACAGUGCAGCGUGGCGAUGUGAAGGUGGUGGUGAUAUGGGAAAGGCGUAGAGGGAGUCAGUCUCCCUAUGAGUGAGCAGGGUAGGAUGUAUAUUGCAUGUAAGUCACCCAGUCCACCCAUCAUAUAAAUAGAAUAUAUCUAUUUUCUUUUGUUACUAUUAAGUUUUGCUAAUCGUACAGAGAGAUUUAUGUAUACCACUUAUGACUAUGGAAGGCUGUGUAUUCAACUGUGUAGAGGAAUUAAUGUGAACUAAGAUUUAAGGUUUUUUUAUUAAAAAAAUUAUACAUGUAU